AUGCGGAUGCACUCGAGAGACAGAGGAGAAUGGACGCAGAUCCGCCAUGCAGCUCUCUCGAGCACGCAGUGCAAGUCUGGCGCAACCCCAGCGACCGUCGCUAACUUUCGGUCACUCGCACCAUUCACACCCCAUCCUCACCCGCAUCCUCACUCCCACUCGACUGGAUCACCCCAUAUGGAGCACGAGCAUCUAAUGUCCAUGCUAUCUCCACACGAAGAGGAAGAGGUCCUCCGUGCACAAGGUCUACCGAUACCGACGGCCGCUCACCUUUGCUACGUCCGAAAAACAAACGCUCGGAAUCGCAACGCGCGAAACACGGACGAACUCAGAAAGAAACUCGCUGGGUUCGCCAACGGACACGGCAAUGGUAACGGCAACGGCGCCGUCUCGGAAGGAGCACCGGACGAGCUGAUCCCUGGCCUAGGCGAGCACAGUUCGACCUUUGUCCGCAAGAGACAGCGCAAACUCAGCCAGAGCAACACCGCCCACCCGUCGCCAGAACAAACUCGCGCUGUUCGAGGGUGCCCGCCUCCGACCGAUACCGCCAACAACCUCACCUCGCAAGAAGCGGGCGUGGCGGCCCCUCCGUCGAACACGGGACACGACAGGCCCUACCGCUUUUCGUUUUACUCGAACCGCCUGUCCGCCACGAUUCACGCCAGAUCGCUCAGCGAGCUCCCGGCGGACGGGCAGACGUUCGAGGAGCUGGAGCGCCGGCAAGUCGACGCCUAUGCCUAUUGGGGUGCUCUUACCCCCGAAGACCCGGCCAAGGUCAAGGUCAGCCCGAUGAUGGCAGCAAAGCCAACAUCGGACGAGGAGGAGGUGAACACCUGGUGGUUGGACGUCCUAUCGCCCACCAACGAGGAGAUGGCCAUGUUAAGCAAGUGUUUAAUAUCCAUCCGCUUACGACGGAAGAUAUUCAAAUGGAGGAAACGCGAGAAAAGAUUGAAUUGUUCAGGAAUUAUUAUCUUGUGUGUUUCCGUGGGUUCGACCAGGACCCGUAUAGCCCUACGCACCUUGAGCCCCUCAACAUGUAUAUUAUCGUCUUCAGAGGGUAUUCUAUCCUUCCACUUUCGUGGUACACCCCACCCUCAAAACGUCCGCCGCCGAAUCAAGCAACUCAAAGACUACAUCUCCGUGACAUCCGACUGGAUCUCCUAUGCCCUCAUCGACGACAUUACCGAUGCCUUUGGCCCACUCAUCCAAGGGAUCGAAUACGAAGUCGACUCGAUCGACGAGCUUGUGCUGAUUUUGAAGGAUACGGACCAGAGCGACAUGUUGAGGAGGAAACAGAUCGGAACGUGUCGCAAAAAGGUCAUGGGCUUGCUCCGUCUGAUGGGCAACAAGGCAGACGUCGUCAAAGGCUUGGCGAAACGGUGCAAUGAGAACUGGAGCGUGGCGCCCAAGUCCGACAUCGUAGGGCUAUAUCUUUCUGAUAUUCAGGACCACUUGAUCACAAUGACCCAGAAUCUGAACCACUACGAAAAGAUCCUCAGCCGCUCUCACAGCAACUACCUCGCGCAGAUUUCCAUCGAGAUGACGGACGCGAACAACCAGAUCAACGACGUGCUCUCGAAGCUCACUGCAUUGGGAACCGUCCUGAUCCCUAUGAACUUGGUUACCGGUCUCUGGGGGAUGAACGUCCAUGUGCCCGGUGAAGAUUUGAAAGAUCCGGGAGAUUACAGGUGGUUCAUUAGUAUUAUCGGUGGACUCGUCGGAUUCGGUAUCAUCGGAUCCUGGUUGACGUACAAGCUCAUGAGAAACUCAUAG